UUUGCCUGCAUGUGCUUGCUUAUCUAUUUCACAAGAUAUAUUAUUAUAUAUAACAAGUUUUUGUACGUUUAUGUCUUGAGCCACGUCUCAAUCUCAGCUGCUAUCGUUUAUAAGAGAUGUCUUUUUGGUUACAUUAUUGUGAACAAACAACACGUUACAUUGAUAGUGUAAAAAUCCUUUAUAUUGUGGCCUGUAGGUGCAUAAGUUAAACUCGGUAAACUAUUGUUCCAUUUAAAUCAGGAUCCAAUUCUAAUGUUUAACAAUGUAUUCAUGUGUUUGGAAUCAAACGCAAAAUCUUGUUUGAAGGCGAACUUGGACAAAACUUUGUAAGAGGACUUUCGUCCAUGUGACCUCAUAAACCAAAGUAUAAUUGGUUAUGAAGCAAAGCAUUUGUGCUUUUCUCUCAAGUCUAGCAUAUGCUUUUGUUAGUUCUUGACUUUAAAUUAGUAUUUUAACUUGCUCAAUCAAGUUUUCCCCAACAAUCAUAAAAAAUGGAUACGGAAUUGAGAUCCAAUGUAGCAAGAGUUUCAGAUGAAUUCAACUCCAGUGAAUUCUUUCAGUUUCCAAGAGAUCGAGCUGGCCUUGCUUUCCAGUCUACAGAAACAAACACUAUGUUCGUCAUCACUGCUCAUUUGAAAGGUUAUACGCGAGGAAACGUAAAGGUUGAUCUUAAUGAGGACAAGACUAAACUGGUGGUAACAUGUGAGAAGCCGGUCCAAGACACUGUAACAAUUGGGAGUGAAGUGAUCAAGAAAGGUGUACAAAUUAGAAAAUUUACAGAGUCUUUCAAGAUUCCAGAAGGGGUAAUCGUGGACGAAAUUAUAACUAAUUUCAAUGAGGAAACCUCCAACCUGACUAUUACAAUGCCAAAGAGAAUGAAGGAGCCAGAGCUUGUUACACAGACCAGCUCAGAGAAUUUGCCUUAUACAGUUCUUGAAAGAGCGAGAUUUCAAGAAGACGAAGGAGCAGCUGAUUCAGUAACUGCAUAUCGAAAAGGACUAAUCGAACAACAUGGUGCUAAUGAUGAAUUGCCCAGAAGGGAAACCAAAAUAGGUGAUGAUAAAGUUGAAUGUAGAAAUUUGAAAGAUGAUGAAGUUUGUGAAAAAGAGGAGGAUAAACUGCCUAAGAGGAGCAAGGUAUGUGUUCCUGUUAUUGUUGGAUCAGCUGUAAUGUUAUCUGUAGUUGUCUUUGUGAUUCUUUUUAUGAGAAAAAAGAAGCAACCUGGAAAAAGAAAAGAAUAGGACAAAGAACAUUUGUUCAAACAUGUAUGCAUUCAAUUU